GAGCAGUGUAUCGACACCAUGUUGUCUUGAUCGCUUUCGAGUCAUUAGUUGUUUAAAGACUUUGUGUACAAGCAUGGCCGCAGUCCGGACUCCUCACUCGGUCAAUGACUCAUUCAUGUUCGCCAGAGGCACAAGAUCAAAAGAUCUCACGGAUUGAUUGAUUUGAUCUUGCCCUUUAUAACAGUCUCAAGAUCAUUGUUGUUCUUGAAGUCUUGUAGGUAGGGAAGCAAAACGUUUAACACGGCAUGUAAAUAGCUUUACUACUCCCACAAUAAAGUCUACAGACACAACCAUGGCGAAAUCGACACCACAAAAAUUGGUAAAGCUUGAUGGGAGAACUGGCGAAGGUGGUGGACAACUUGUCAGGAUCGCGGUUUCACUAGCUGCUCUGACCGGAACCCCUCUCCUAAUCACGAAUGUCAGAGGCAAAAGAAAUGGUGGUCUGAAAGCACAGCACGUUUCUGCUACAAAAUGGCUCGCGAAAAUCACAUCCGCCGAGACAAACGGAUGUUUCGUGGGAAGCAAGACAAUCGAGUUCAAGCCUAACUCCCUCCAUCCUUAUACGGUUGAUAGAGAUAUCGAGAUUGAUGCAGAUUCUGCAUCUAGCAUUCUACUUGUGCUUCAGGCAGUCCUUCCUGUGGUGCUAUUUGCAAAUGAUACCGCGGCUCAUCCAGUCAGGCUCUCAAUUAAAGGAGGGACCAAUGGAAGUUUCUCUCUAUCAUAUGAGUAUCUCGAUCAAGUACUACUACCAACUCUCGAAAUAUUCGGUAUUUAUGUAGAGCGACAACUCAAAGUUAGAGGAUGGUCACAUGGCCCAUUAAAACUGGGCCAUGCAGAGUUCAAGAUACAUCCCAUACCUUUUGGCCAGUCUCUGAAAGUCCCAAAUUGGCCAACUGAACGCGGAAGCGUGAAGGAAAUAGAUAUCUCGAUCCUAGUACUUGAGACGCUUCAGAAACCGCUUGAGGAUGCUUUGACUAAACAUAUUAAGCAGCGCUUUCCUGAAGUAAAGAUCAAUAUUAUUCUAAGAGAGAAUACGCAUCGGAUAUACACACUUUUAGUAGUUCAUACUUAUACUGGACUAAGAUUUGGGCGCGAUUGGCUGUACGAUAGAAAGACAAAGGUUAGAACCCCAGAAGAUAUAUCGGCCGAGAUGGCAGAGAAGGUUGUUGAAGAUCUUGUUUCAGAGUUUGAAAAGGGAGCACUUGCUGAUGGUCGAUCAACAAUUUUGGGACAUGAGCUCUUGUCUGAUCUAAAAAGUCGCCCCGAUCGUACGGACGAACCUUUUGGGGAUGGGAGUAGACAUACCACCACAGCUAGAUGGGUUGCUAGUCAAAUGCUUCCACAACUGAAGUGGUAUAAUAACGGGCAAACAUGUGAGGGAGUUGGUUGGAAAUUCAAUGGCAGCAAUUCUACUAUGUUGUCUGAUGAUUAUUGA